UUCAUUCAUAAGGUAAGAUGUGAAAGCCAUAUAUAAUGUUUCAAACAACUUUUUGUUGAAAGAUGAAAGCGAAAAACAACGAUAUAAUAAGGCCACGGCACUUAGGUAAAGUGUUGAAGUUAGCCUGUCUGAUAAAAGUAGUCUUCUGCAUAUUUGUUACAACCAUUUCAUGGCAUUCGCGAACAAAGCGUCCAUAUGUAGACCAACGUCAGGUAGAACUCAAUGUGAAAAAUGGGCCCAAUCCACCUGUAUCAACAGAAGCAUCCGUAAAGCUAUCUGUGUUGCAAGAAAAUUGUAGCUACAAAGUGCACUCGGAAGCUUGUUAUCCGGAUGCUAUGUCAUUAUUGGAUGAUCGUAACCCAGACGGUACUAUCAAUGAUCAUUUUUAUAAUGGAAUACACUUUAAGCUAUGGAAGUGGCUGAUCCCAUAUAUAAGCUGGGAUGCCGAACGGUUCCUCAAAAUCGCAAUAGAUGGUGUCUCUUAUUGGAGUGAAGAUCAAUUAGCAUUUAUGCCCUUACUUCCAUUCUUGAUGAAUGUCACGGGCAAAGCAUUGCGUUAUAUACACCUCAGAGUUGUUUCCAUAUAUGCUUUUUCUGCGGAUACUGUAGAGGCGCCCAUGGCACUUUAUAUGGCCUUAGCUGGGUUUUUUAUCUCCAAUAUCGCUGCCAUACUUUCCGCCGGAGCAAUGUAUCUGUUAGUGUGGGAGAUUAUAUACCGAAGAAAACUCGCCGCAAUGGCCAGUGAAUACGUCCCAAAAACAAUGACUGAUGAGGAAACAUCAGGCUCUAUGUCGAUCGAAUAUGUUGAGAAAAUCUCAUAUAUUAGUGCAUUUUUUUUCUGUUUAUCCCCGCCAACGGUUCAUUGUACCAGCAUAUAUACGGAGUCAUUAUUUUGCUUAUGUACGUUUGUUGGGAAUCUACUUUUGUUUUACGUUGAGGAUUGGCGUAAGAUUGCAACUCAUAGUGUUGAUCAUAACAUGAGUCUAAGUUUAAGGAUUUAUGUCGUUGAGCUGUUAGCAGUGGGUCUAUUCUUCAUGGCUUCGGCAUUACGAUCCAAUGGAUUCCUUCUAUUAUUACCACUUUUCUUUUACACUCUUAGGGUCUGUAAUAUUUUAAGAAGAUUCAAUUUGAUUUACAGUUAUAAUCUCAAGCAAUUAGGAUGUGAUGGUAAUACAAAUUUUGACUCCAUUUCUGUUUCUGCAAUAAUAAGAUUUGUGGUUCACUGGUUACGUGCUUUAUGUUAUGCUCUAGCUAUAUUGUCUCCUAUGGUCGUAUUUCAAAUUUAUCUGUAUUGUUUACAUUGCGUAAAACUUAACGCAAAACAGCUGGAAAUCAUUAGUCAAUAUCCAUCAUUUGUUCGCAUGCUCAUUUCCCCCAGAGGAUUUCAAUUUUUAAAAGGACUGUUAGCAUCCUAUAAGACUAAUUCAAGGCCAUGGUGUACCAGGUUUCCACCCAAUGCUUAUGCAUUCGUGCAGAAAAAAUAUUGGGAUGUCGGAUUUCUAUGGAUUAUCAGGGAAAUUGACCGGCUGUCUGUUUUCACAUAUUCGUGGCCAACAUAUUUAGUUGCCUAUUUGGCCCUCAAGUGGUAUUAUAAAUUCAUUGCUACCAUAUACUCCACGUUGUCCAAAAAGUUAACGAAGUUGUCUUUUAAAUUAGGACAAAGACUGCUGACGUGUAUAAUUACAAUUGCAUCCCAGCCUGAAAUCGGAAUUUACUUGCAUAUGUUCGUCACUGUUAUUACCUUUCUCUUUUUCGCUCAUACCCAAGUAUAUCAAAGGCAAUCAAUACCCAUUAUUCCACAAACUUAUGUUUUAGCAAUACUCACUGAACCUUUGUGCAGGGGUGACUACAGUAGUUGGAGAUCUUUAAUGAAAUUGAGCGCCAAGCUAAAACUAACGAUUGCCAUCAUAGUUACAAAUAUAGGGCUAUGUUUCGUUGGUGGUGCUUUGUUUGCUAAUUACUUGGGAUUCACUUAAAAUACUGGUGAGUUUCUCUACCAUGUCUUAUGGUAGUACUUCAU